AAUGAGAAGGCAAAAAAUUAUGAUGAGGUGAUGGCUCAGUUUCGUCAAUCGGGCGCGGACCGAUUCGGCGUCCGGAUCCAUGCUGACGCCGCCGACCGGAUCCCUCACCGGCCAGCGCGGAUCCGACGCCCCGGCAAGUCCCACCGCCGCCUCUCCUUCGUUGCCCUCGUCGUCGCUCUCACCCUCGUCCUCCUCGUCGCCCUCGCUGCCUACAGCCACCUUUCUUCACCUCGAAAAGGUUUUGCAAGAGAUUCGGGGCAGGAUGAUGACGGGACGAACGAAACGGAGUUUCGUGUGGCAUCCAACCAGUCGAAGCGGCUCAAGUUCGGGCGUGGCUCUGGCAAGAUCGGCCGCGAUUCGAGGUACUGGGACGGGGACGAUAGAAACAGGGGCGGGGGUUUCGGCGAGAAGGAUUUUCCAGCAGAUGAGCAGCAAGCGGCCCAACGAGGUCGAUUAUUGGAGAGUGGGAAGCUCCGGCGUGGGCAUAUAUCUGCGCACGAUCGCCAGGAUAAAGUGAACGAGAAGAGAAGUGCAAAGAUUGAUGGGGAAUUAUACAAUGAGGGUGGGCGGGAGGAGCUGGAUUCUUACAAUGAGGAUUAUGAAACUUCUGCUACGGAUGAGAGCAAGCUGAAGCAGGGCGAUGAGGACAAUUUCGAUGACGAGUACGACGAUGGUAUUGAUAUGCAGCAUUAUGAUGAUGAAACUCAUGAUGCUGAUGGAGUCCGGAGGUUGGAUGAGGAUGAUGGAGAUGAACCAGAGAAAGAUGUAUCUAUCGACAUACACAACAAUGAUUCUCGGGAGAUACAAGGUGGUUCUAUUGGUGACUUAAAAUCAACGAAGGAUCAUAAGCUUUCUAGUUCUACAAAGAAGACUGGCUCAAAAAGAAAAUCAAAGCGCCACAGAGUUUCUAGUUCAUCCUGUGCAAUAAAAUUAUUGAAUUCAACUUCAAUUGUUGAGCCUUUAAGUGGAAAGAAGUUUGCAAGAUUCUCUUUGCGGUAUACACUUGGAGAAAAGAAGCCAAAUGGAUCAGAAACUUGGGAGCCAAAAUUUGCUGGCCAUCAGACACUGGAGGAAAGGGAGAGAUCAUUUUAUGCCAGUGACCAAACAAUGAAUUGUGGGUUUAUCAAAGGGCCAGGCAAUUCCCCAAGUUCUGGUUUUGAUAUUUCCGAUGAUGACCGAACAUUCCUGAACAGUUGCCAUAUAGCUGUUUCGUCUUGCAUCUUUGGAAAUUCAGAUCGUUUGAGAUCACCUUUUAGCAAAACGAUCACUCAUCUCUCAAGGAAAAAUGUCUGCUUUGCCAUGUUCGUGGAUGAAAGCACACUGCAAACUCUGUUAUCGGAAGGACAGAAGAUGGAAAAUGGGUCCAUUGGAUUGUGGAAAAUAGUGGUGGUCAAGAACUUACCUUAUACAGACAUGAGAAGAGUUGGAAAGAUUCCAAAGUUUUUGACACACAGGCUCUUCCCUUCUGCCAGGUAUUCAAUCUGGCUAGAUAGUAAGCUAAGGCUUCAGAAUGAUCCUUACCUUAUCUUAGAAUAUUUCCUCUGGCGACGAGGUUUUGAAUAUGCAAUUUCCAAUCAUUAUGAUCGACACUGUGUUUGGGAAGAGGUGAUGCAAAACAAGAAACUGAACAAAUACAACCAUACUAUCAUUGAUCAACAAUUUCAAUUUUACCAGUCUGAUGGACUGAGGAGAUUUGAUCCUUCUGAUCCGAAAAAGCUGCUUCCUAGCUAUGUCCCAGAAGGCUCUUUCAUUGUAAGAGCACAUACGCCAAUGUCCAACUUGUUUUCCUGUCUGUGGUUUAAUGAAGUCGACCGGUUUACACCCCGUGACCAAUUGAGCUUUGCAUAUACUUAUCUGAAACUUAGAAGAAUGAAUCCUGGGAAACUGUUUCAUUUAAAUAUGUUCAAGGACUGCGAGAGGCGAUCAAUGGCCAAACUGUUCCAUCACAGAGCAGAAGAGAAGAGGAACAUCCGCACCGACACAGCAAGAUGAUGAGCCUUACAUGAGGAUGGACAGAAAAAAGAGGACAAGUUUCGAAGAAGCUGCUUAUACUACCUUCGCCAUGGAUUGAUGAAAACUGUCAAUCGGUGAGAGCGGGUACACAGCAUGAUCCUGGAUGCUGCUUUUCAUGAUGAAUUUCAGUGCGAAGUUUUUGACUGUGCUGAUGCCAAGUCCACUGCAUCAUACCAGACCAGCAUUUUGUUUUUAGUUUGCAUGGGAAGAUUUGGAGAAUCUGACCUUGGGACAUGUAUGUUGUAAAUUUUCUACUAAUUUUCGGGGAGGGCUAGUCUUUCAAUUUAGUCCCUUUUUUUUUCCUUUCUAUUUGAAAUUAUUUUUCUGCACAUUAAGGCCAAAAGGAGUACUUAUUGUUUCCAGCA